UUCACUGCUGUUCAACCUAGUCGUAUCCGCCUAAAACCAGCAGAGGCGUACGUCGAUAUGGAGGGUGCAGAACGUACGUCGAUGUUGAGUGUGUAAGCACGCAUAGCAUAAAAACAAGGGCUUAGCAGAAAUCUUAUGCAUCAGCGUGUUGUUAAACUUCGUUAAAUCAUGGAAAUGUCCAAGACUUCGACAAAGAGAGCGAUCCGAAAGCUUUGGAUUAGCUUCUUUCUGUAUUCAUUUGGUGUCUUCAUGAUAUAUUCAGCUUACGGGACUCUACUUAGCCUCCAAUCAAGCAUCAACGUCGUGGAUGGAUUAGGUACCUUCACUGUGGCCAUUAUUUACGGUACUGCUGUAUUCUUCACUCUAUUUUGUGUACCCCCAAUAUAUCGAAGAUUUGGGGCAAAGAAAUGCGUUUGUUGGUGUGAAAUUACGUAUGUCAUAUACACAAUUGCAAAUAUUUAUCCCACAUUUUACACAAUGGUUCCGGCAUCCUUUAUUGUUGGCAUGGGAGACUGUAUGUUAUGGAGCUGUAUGCCUUUACUUAACUCGUUCUUUAGUAAACGAUAUACCUCAAUAAUCGGGAAAAGCGCUGGUGUCGAAUCAAGAUUUUCUGGAUAUUUCUACGGAAUAUUUCAGAUGUCGAAGAUAUCUGGAAAUGUCGUAUCAUACACUGUUUUAUACGCCUUCAACUUGAAGUCAAUUCCAGAAGCAAAUGUUACAUCCGCAAAUACAGAAGGAAACUCAUCAAUAUUUGUGUCGGAAGAAAUAUUGCCACUCGAAACAAUAGACUAUCAGCACUGUGGAGCAAACGAUUGCCAGAAUGCCACAAUUGUGAGCAACUCAUUGGGCCAAUACGUACCAGCGAGUAAAUUGUCAAUAUACAUGCUAAUGUCAAUUUUGACUCUAUUGUGUGUUGCUGCGAUUAUUAUACAUGUUAUUUUCAUUCCGGACACCGGGGAGCACGGUAUGUCCCGACGAGCGUCUAAAGCUUCCAAUUUAAAAGUUACGGAAAAGGACUCAGCGCAAGUAGAUGGGUGUAAUGAUCGUAAUAACAAUGAUGAAACUGACAAAAAGAAUGUAAACAAGGAUAGUACUAAUGGUUGCACCAAAACAGCCGAUGCAAACCUAAUUGUUUGUGAAGAAAUGGCAAUCGAUCCGAAAUUACUCAAGAGAAAAAUAAAGCAGAGCAAAAGCAACCUCGCAUUCACUAUUUCAACUCUCAAAGAUGUCGUGAAACACAUCAUCAACUUAAAGCAACUACUUAUGACGCCGAUAAUAUUGUACACCGGCUUGACAUACGGUUUCCUAACAUCUGAAUUAACUCGAUCAUAUUCCUCUUGUGUAUUUGGUGUUGCGUCGGUGCCUAUUCACAUGACCUUCUAUGGUAUCGGCGCCACCAUAGUAUCAAUCAUGCUGGGAAAGUUUGGUAAAAACGUUCAUCGCACUGCCUUCUUUAUUAUUGCAAUGAUUUGCGAUGGCACUAUAUAUGCUUACGCCCUCAUUUGGUCACCGACGUCCGACACUUCUUACUGGUCGGUCAUACCAAUGUAUUUAAUACUGGGAGGAAUGCAAGGAAUAUGGGUUUCUAACUCUCAAGUUGUCCAAAUCAAAUAUUUCCCCCAUUGCCUCGACGUCGCUUGUUCGGUUUGGAACGUUUGGUUUAUGCUUGGGAUUGCAACACAAUUUGCAUGGAGCACAAGUUUUUGCGUUAGUACAAAAAUCUACAUUCAAAUCGGAGUAUUAAUAUUGAGUAUGAUCGGAUACGCUAUCGCGGAAAUACUUCACAGACGACAACUGAAAAGUCAGCGUCGCCCACAUGGUGGAGAGAUUGGCGAAGAAUCCAAGAAGUCGCCAAUUUGAUUACGUGAAGCAUUUAGUACAGACAUUUUUGUUUCAACUUUACGCGCAUAACUUCUUGUAUGCAAUGUAAUAUAUAUAUACAACUAUAUACUUUUGCAAAGUGUCGACAUGUUGCAAGCUCGCUCUUUCGGGACGCUGCCUCGAUUUGCAAGCAUCUCUUAACAACUGAACCGGGUAUUAAAAAAUUUAAAAGGUUUUUGAUGAAGUGAUCAAAUUCAUAAUUUAUUGUCUGAUAAUGCCGUUAAUUGAAGCUAAUCAGUUCCAUUCUUAUCAAAAUAGUGCAAUUUUGAUCGUAAUUUAAGUCGAGCGUUAUUCUUUACACUGUGCCAAAAUGUACUUUUGCUUACUGCUUUGUUGCGAUUGAUGCCUAGAUCGUAUUUUCUUUAGAAUAGUAAUAGUUCACACUGAUAACUUAUAUUGGCGUUCUCAACCGGGGGUAAAUUUACGUCAGUGGUUCUCGAACUGUGUGCCUAGAGAGAUUCUCUGGAGCACCACGGAGCUUUUCGGCGCAACAAAACAUGAAAGCAUGUUUUGUAAUAUGAUAAAUCAUACUAUCUGUCCAUUAAUCAGACUACGGAUGUGGAUUUUCUGGUAUGACAAACGAAAAACGAGGAAGACGUUUUGAAAUUAAGGGCGAGCGGAACUUUGUUUCAAUAUCAUUCGCUCUUAAUUAAAAUCGGAAACGACAAUAGCACUGGAGUUUACAGAAUAAAUAACUUUUCAAAGUGCGACUUGGGCUGGAAUAGUUUGAGAACCGCUAUUUACCUAUCAAAUAAAGUCGUUAGGCCUGCAAAACGGUGCAAAUGGCCAGUUUUGUUUACAGAGCAUCAUUAUCUCUCAUUAUAUUCAUUGCGCAACCACGAUUAUAUGAAUCAAAACAGGAAAUUAUGUGGCUGGACCAUUGAUCGUAUGUUUUUAGCAACUUAAAGUUGUUUUUGCAAGUGCUCAUCUGUGAGCCGAUUCCCAUAUUUUAUGUUUGCUUUGUAAUAUUGAUCUAACUCGGCAAUUUUCGAAAGGUCGUCAGCUAGGCGAGCCAUUGUUAAUCAAGAAAAACCAAUCUACUAAAUAUAUCUUCUUUGGAUAUACUUUC